UUCUGCCCCUCCCCCCCCCCCCACCCCAGAGCUUCUACGACCACAACGCCGACAUGUCGAAGUCCCUGACCGACCACGAGAGGAAGAAGCAGAUUUCGGUGCGAGGCCUCGCCGGCGUGGAGAACAUCUCGGCGCUGAAGCAAGAUUUCAACCGACACCUCCACUUCACGCUGGUGAAGGACAGGAACGUGGCCACCAAGAGGGAUUACUUCUUCGCUCUGGCCCACACGGUGCGGGAGCAUCUGAUUGGCCGCUGGAUCAGAACCCAGCAGCACUACUAUGAGAAAGACCCCAAACGCGUGUACUACAUCUCCCUGGAGUUCUACAUGGGCCGCACCCUCCAGAACACCAUGGUGAACCUGGCGCUGGAGAACGCCUGUGACGAGGCCAUGUACCAGUUGGGUCUGGACAUGGAGGAGCUGCAGGACAUGGAGGAAGACGCCGGUUUGGGGAACGGUGGCCUGGGGCGUCUCGCUGCCUGUUUCCUGGACUCCAUGGCGUCCCUGGGUCUGGCUGCCUAUGGCUACGGCAUUCGCUACGAAUUUGGUAUCUUCAAUCAAAAAAUUGUCAACGGCUGGCAGGUGGAGGAGGCCGAUGAUUGGCUGCGCUUCGGUAACCCCUGGGAGAAGGCGCGGCCCGAGUACAUGCACCCGGUGCACUUCUACGGCAGGACCGAGCAUCACGCCGACGGAGUCAAAUGGGUCGACACUCAGGUGGUGCUGGCGUUGCCGUAUGACACGCCCAUCCCCGGCUACAGGAACAACGUGGUGAACACCAUGAGACUGUGGUCAGCCAAGGCUCCUUGCGAGUUCAACCUGAAAGACUUCAAUGUGGGCGGCUACAUUCAGGCCGUGUUGGACAGAAACUUGGCUGAGAACAUCUCCCGGGUGCUGUACCCCAACGACAAUUUCUUUGAAGGGAAGGAGCUGCGUCUGAAGCAGGAAUACUUCGUGGUGUCCGCCACCCUGCAGGACAUCAUCCGGCGUUUCAAGGUCUCCAAGUUCGGCUCCAGGGAGGUCGUCCGCACCGACUUCAGCAAACUGCCUGACAAGGUCGCCAUCCAGCUGAAUGACACUCACCCAGCCUUGGCUAUUCCUGAGCUGAUGAGGGUUCUGGUUGAUGAGGAGAAGCUCCAAUGGGACAUGGCCUGGGACAUCUGCGUGCGCACCUGUGCCUACACCAAUCACACGGUCCUCCCUGAAGCUCUGGAGCGGUGGCCCGUCGACCUGUUCGCUCACCUGCUGCCUCGCCACCUGGAGAUUGUCUAUGAGAUCAACCGUCGCCACCUAGAGAGAGUCGCCGCUCACUUCCCCGGUGACCACGAGCGUCUGAGCCGCAUGUCCCUCAUCGAGGAGAGCGGUCAGAAGAGGAUCAACAUGGCCCAUCUGUGCAUUGUGGGUUCCCACGCUGUCAACGGAGUGGCCCGUAUUCACUCUGACAUCCUCAAAGCUACUAUUUUCAAGGACUUCUAUGAGAUGGAGCCGGAUAAGUUCCAAAACAAGACCAACGGCAUCACUCCUCGCCGCUGGCUGGUCAUGUGCAACCCCGGGCUGGCCGAGGUCAUCGCCGAGAGAAUCGGCGAGGACUUCAUUCGCGACCUCGACCAGCUGAAGGGUCUCUGCAAUUUUGUGAACGACGAGGCUUUCAUCCGCGACGUGGCCAAAGUGAAGCAGGAGAACAAGUUGAAGUUCGCCGCUCACUUGGAGGAACACUACAAGGUGAAGAUCAACCCCGACUCCAUGUUCGACCUCCAGGUGAAGAGAAUCCACGAGUACAAGCGGCAGCUGCUCAACUGCCUGCACAUCAUCACCUACUACAACCGCAUAAAGAAGGAGCCCAACAAGCAGUGGACUCCAAGAACCGUCAUCAUUGGAGGAAAGGCGGCCCCCGGGUACCACACGGCCAAGAUGAUAAUCCGUCUGAUCACAGCUAUCGGUGAGGUGGUCAACAACGACCCCGUGGUGGGGGACCGCCUCAAGGUCAUCUUCCUGGAGAACUACAGAGUCACAUUGGCAGAGAGAGUCAUCCCCGCGUCCGACCUGUCGGAGCAGAUUUCCACAGCCGGCACCGAGGCCUCCGGCACGGGCAACAUGAAGUUCAUGUUGAACGGGGCCCUGACCAUCGGCACCAUGGACGGAGCCAACGUGGAGAUGGCCGAGGAGGCCGGCGAGGGCAACAUCUUCAUCUUCGGCAUGUUGGUGGACGAGGUCGAUGCGCUGGAGAAGAAAGGGUACAACGCUCAGGAGUACUACAACCGGCUGCCGGAGCUCAAACAGGCGGUGGACCAGAUCUCUGGAGGCUUCUUCAGCCCCAAGCAGCCGGACCUGUUCAAAGAAAUCGUCAACAUGCUGAUGCAUCAUGACAGAUUUAAGGUCUUUGCUGAUUAUGAAGAAUAUAUCAAAUGCCAGGAGAAAGUCAACGCUCUCUACAAGGACCCCAAAGAAUGGACCAAGAAGGUGAUCUACAACAUUGCAGGAUGUGGCAAGUUCUCCAGCGACCGCACCAUCUCCCAGUACGCCCGGGAGAUCUGGGGCGUGGAGCCCACGCUGGAGAAGCUCCCCGCCCCCGACGACUUGUCAUAAACCGUCCACACAGCCCGACUUUACACCAGAAGAAGAAGAACCUCCCCAUGGAGGAUCCUGAAACACCAGAAGAAGAACCUCGACAUAGUGGAUCCUGAAACACCAGAAGAAGAACCUCGACAUAGUGGAUCCUGAAACACCAGAAGAAGAACCUCUACAUAGUGGAUCCUGAAACACCAGAAGAAGAACCUCUACAAAGUGGAUCCUGAAACACCAGAAGAAGAACCUCCCCAUGGUGGAGGAUCCUGAAACACCAGAAGAAGAACCUCUACAUAGUGGAUCCUGAAACACCAGAGGAAGAACCUCCAUAGUGGAUCCUGAAACCCCAGAAGAAGAACCUCUACAUGGUGGAGGAUCCUGAAACCCCAGAAGAAGAACCUCUACAUGGUGGAUCCUGGGGGCCCGGUUGACCCCGCCCUCUCCCCUCUCUUGGCUCAGUUUACAUUCUCCACACCUGCAUGAUGCACAAUAACUAAACGCUUGUUCUAGUGGAUUUAGAAAAAUGAGCUUUGUGGUGAACUUUGUGAAUUUUAUCAGUGAUAUUUUUAAUUUAACAAUACAAGCUCUUGUAUUUGCGCUCAGAAUGAAAUAAAAAUCUAUCUUAA